AGGAAGCGGAGUCUGGCAGAGAGCGCACGGGUGUAGUCAGGAGGAAAUGGUAUGCAGCUCGGGCUGCUCUCUUCCUCCUCCUCCUCCGGGUCCCGUAGCGAUCCUCCUGUCUGUUGCUAUUCGCAUAGACAGCAGCCCGUUUUAAAGUGAAACACGGAGCUCUGAGAUACUCAUCCUGGACCUCUCUCCUCCCGGCAUGCCCCAGCGAGGCGGCUAAAAACGGUUACCGGCUGACGAUGGCUUCGGUACGGGCGGUGUGCAAAGUUGCGGCGGGACUCGUGGGAAGUGUUCAGAGCCUACGCUGCGGUCUCAGACCCGCUCGCCCGGUUACAUUUCUACACCAGGUUCAGCACAGAAGGCCUCCGCUUGGAAGUUAUCCAGCUCUUUUCUACGCUACAAAUGCUCCCUCUAGUGCAGAUGCAUCUUUGAAGUACAAACAUGGCCGUUUGGUUCUGGAAGUCCCCUUGCCAUCCAGGAAUGAGAAGUGUCUGUUUUUUUUAAGGCCCAUGUUGAUGAGCGUGGGCGAUUUGAUCGGCGAUCUGCAGAAAGAGGACCCAGGAGCUACCGCCUCAAUUCUCUCUAAAGAUGGGGAGCGCAUUGCCAACAGCACGCUGAUCGAUGCCCUGCUGGACAAGGACUUUCAGCUUGUCAUCAACAAUGCAGUUUAUAAUGUCUGCGCUCCUGAAAAGGUGUGUGCAUCCGCUGAGCACGCUAUGGAGCUGGAGGACAUGAAACAUGUCGUGCACCUGCUGCACACGGCGCUCCACCAGCCCGAACACCAGCUGCUGAAGGAGAGGGAGCUCCUGGAGAAACUGGACAACCUCAAACAGGAGCUUUCUCCUCUGGAGAAGAUGAAGGCAGACCUGUCCGGUAAAGCAGACUUCCAGACAUCCAGGGCUCUGUAUGUUGGCCUGGCGCUGCUGUCCGUGCAGGGCGGCGCUCUGGCCUGGCUCACCUGGUGGGUCUAUUCGUGGGACGUCAUGGAGCCCGUCACGUAUUUCAUCACCUACUCGACCAGCAUGGGAGCUUUCGCCUACUAUAUCCUCACCAAACAGGAUUAUGUAUACCCAGACGUCCAGGACAGGCAGUUCCUGCGUUAUUUUUAUAAGGGGGCCAGGAAGAAGAGAUUCAACGUGGAAAAAUACAAUGAACUCAAAGACGAGCUGGCUCAGGUGGAGGAAGACUUGAGGCGUCUGAGAUAUCCAACCCAACUCCAGCUACCAAUUGAACAAAUCCAGCCAAAGCCAUAAAUGAAGCCAAGCCAUGAAUUAUGGUCCCUCAAACUUUAACAGAGGAAAAACAAAACUAAUUUUCCUGCUUUAUUUUGAUAAUAGCACCUUUUUAUCUCAAAUCCAUGAAAUUGUUUUCUUUAAGUAUUAAUAAUGAUGCCAAUUAUAUCAUCAAAGAAAAAAAAAUAACAAAGAUUGAUUGCUAAUGAAAUGAAAUGUUUCCCAAACCCCAUUUGAAUCUGGUGUCUUCCUGGUCUGAUUGUGUGAUUGUGAAGCGUGUUGAUUAAAUGUGCUUCUCAGCCGUUACAGGAUUAUUAAAUAAAGAAUGCACACACUUUCUAACACAAAUGCAAUGAAGAUUUUUAUAAAACACCUUUUUAUUGAGGGCAAGUAAAGUAACUAAAGUCUUAUUGGCCUACAAAAUCACAACCGUAUGACCACAAAAAUGCAGCAUUGUUGUGUAUUCUGGCGUAUUCACCCCACCCCCCACCCCACCCACGCCACGCACACACACACACACACACCACGUGACACAGUUUUAGGUCCAAAGUACAACUUUAAAGAACACACCCUCCUCCCUGAGGUACUUUUCACACUGGUAUUGUCGUCUAGGUGCAAAUAUGCAUGAGUAAAUGUACUAUAAAUUGCUGACACAUAAAGAACAUGAAAUCCCUUUGUAAAGUAGUGAGGCUUGAGGAAACGCACUGUUUAUGUAGUGCUUGGACAGUUUGUUAAAGUGUUGGGUACUUGAGGCUUAUAGUGAGAUAAGAAUGAAACUGAUGAGUAGGAGCAUUCCUGUGGAAAAUUCCAGCUAAGAACUAAGAAAUUCCAGUUUUAAGUGGAAUGCACUACAUGUCGCCUAUUUCUGAAGAUGAACUGGAAAAUAUUUGGCUGAAAAAAAAAAAAAUCCCCAAAAACCUGUGAAACAGACUCCCUGACUUUUCCAGCUUCCACAGACAGCGCUGAGCCGGUGAACAGCUCGGUGUGAAAGGCCGCUGUAAACUAUGUGCUUUGAACUUCUUAUAAAAAAAGCCAAACUGAAUGCACUGCUGUGCAGUAAGGCAUCGUUCUGUACUACUAAAGUAAUUUCAGUAGUUUUACAAAACAGCCAAAAAUGACUGAUUCAUAA